AUGUGUGUUUGUUUCAGAGUGCUACUGGACAACACAGAGGAACUGAUCGAGAUGCAGACCAGGAAUGAAUCGUCAGACCCUCGAAGCAGCGUAUCUUAUUAUGAUCGAUACCAUUCUCUGGAGGACGUAAGAGACCUGAUUGUGUCAUAUAUACUGUUGGAUCAACAAGACUGCCCAGGAACACCCAGACAUGGUCAAAGUCAUCCUGAUUGGCUCAUCUUGUCUGGACGACAAGAGAGAGCUGAAAAGAGAGCUAUGUGGAUUGACUGUGGCAUUCAUGCUAGAGAAUGGAUCUCCCCAGCUUUCUGCCUGUGGUUUGUGCAAUAUUCCUUGAAUUUCUAUAAUCUAAACAAUGAUAUCACUGAGAUGCUGAACAGUAUGGACAUCUAUGUGCUGCCUGUCAUGAACCCGGAUGGAUACAAGUACACAUGGACAACGAAUCGAAUGUGGAGGAAGAAUCGUUCCUCGAGCAAGGAAAGCAACUGUGUUGGAACCGACCUCAAUAGAAACUUUGAUGCAAACUGGUGCACGAAGGGAGCCUCCAACAGGCCCUGUGAUGAGAUAUAUUGUGGCCAGUUCCCAGAGUCGGAGCCUGAGGCAGAAGCCGUGGCUAACUUCUUGCGCAGCCACAAAGACUCGGUAAAGCUCUACCUCUCCAUCCAUUCCUAUGGUCAGAUGCUGCUCUUCCCAUACUCCUGCUCCAAUGAGGAGGUGCCUAACUACGCCGAGUUGUUUGAGCUUGUACAGGAGGCAGCCAUGAAAAUCAGAAGAUACUACAGGAACAACUACAAAUAUGGCGCAUCAGCAAAAACAAUAUACGUAGCCCCCGGAGGUUCUGACGACUGGGCCUACAACCUGGGCAUCCACUACUCCUUCACCUUUGAGCUGGAGGACCGUGGUCGAUAUGGUUUCCUCCUACCGCCAUCAUUCAUCUCCAACGCCUGCAAUGAAGCCCUCCUCGCUCUUAAGAGUAUCGCUCUCAGAGUCAUUCAGAAAACACAACCCCAACCCUAACCCUUUAUGCCCCUGAGAAGUUGGCUGUGUAAACCUGAGCAGUUUCACGUCUGAUUUGGUCCAAAGUAAUCCCUUUUAUCAAAGCCUAUUUUGUGUGCGUGUCUGUCAAACAUGAUUGUAAAUUGUAUCAUCUUUUAUUUUUUAUAAGGAGUGGGGCAGUCCCAAUCAUUACAUAAUUAGUUGUUUGUUGGAGGAGAGGAAAGACGGGGGAGAGAGUGCUGAAAUAGCAAUGGGUCUGAUUCGAACCCAUGCUGCAGCAAGCUGUGUUCCACUGGCAACGGCUUAGACCGCUAGGCCAGCCUAGUGUCACUCUAGCACAGCAUUCAUGUUUUUGUAGUAAGUAAUCAUAGACACUAAUGAAAUCUUUCUUUCAAUUCCUUUCUUAUUCCUAUUAUCCUCCUACAGUUUUGAAGCUUUAAACUGUAGUGGUGUUGACAGUUCUCUGUGUGUAGGCUUCUAAUGGUGUAACAAAGAUGAAUAUUCCAACAGAAAACAAUAAUGAAAUUAGAUAUUUAAAUGUUGAUGUUUUGGCCUUUCUGAGAAUGCCAAUUUUUUUCACUGGCUUCCCUUUAGUUUGAAGCAUGGCUAGAAAACAUAACAUCAUUGCACUGCUUAGAAUACUCUUAACACAGAUGUCAUUGUCAUAUACAGGCCGCAUAGAUAGAAAAAGGACCCCUUUAGGGCCAUUGUUGGCCGGUCACGUGCAAGCCGAACUGUCAAAACCUCAGUCAUGUGUCACUUCAGUGGACCCUCUUAAUACAUAUUGACUUCAAUUCUUCAAUCGCAUGUUUAAAACUACAAUGCACCGUGGGAAACUAAGGUUGGCAGGAGUCACAAGGUGAUCAGAGUGUGUUGGUUUCCUCUUCAUUGUAGUUGAAAAUGUAAAAUACUUCACAAUAAAUCACACACAGACUAGAGCAGUGCAGGAAACAUACACUGCAUGACCAAAGGUAUGUGGGCGAUAUACUAUAUAUACAAAAGAAUGGACACCCCUUCAAAUGAAUGGAUUUGGCUAUUUCAGCCACACCCAUUGAUGACAGGUGAAUAAAAUCGAACACACAGCCGUGCAAUCUCCAUAGACAAACAUUGGCAGUAGAAUGGCCUUACUGAAGAGCUCAGUGACUUUCAACAUGGCACCGUCAUAGGGUGUCACCUUUCCAACAAGUCAGUUCAAAUUUCUGCUUAAGCUGCCCCAGCCAACUGUAAGGGCUGUUAUUGUGAAGUGGAAACGUCUAGGAGCAACAACGGCUCAGCCGCAAAGUGGUAGGCCACACAAGCUCACAGAACGGUACCGCCGAGUGCUGAAGCAUGUAGGGCGUAAAAAUCGUCUAUUCUCAGAAGCAAUGUCAGCACAUUAAUGACAUCGAUUUACAUGGCCGAGCAGCUGCACACAAGCCUAAAAUCACCUUGCGCAAUGCCAAGUGUUGGCUGGAGUGGUGUAAAGCUCGCUGCCAUUGGACUCUGGAGCAGUGGAAAUGGACAAAUCAGUGUUUGGCUGAUGCCAGGAGAACGCUGCCUGCCCGAAUGCAUAGUGCCAACUGGAAAUGUUGGUGUAGGUGGAAUAAUUGUCUGGGUCUGUUUUUCAUGGUUCGGGCUAGAGCCCUUAGUUCCAGUGAAGGGAAAUCUUAACGCUACAGCAUACAAUGACAUUCUAGACGAUUCUGUGCUUCCAACUUUGUGGCAACAGUUUGGGGAAGGCCCUUUCCUGUUUCAGCAUGAUAAUGCCCCCGUGUACAAAGUCCAUACAGAAAUAGUUUGUUGAGAUCGGUGUGGAAGGACUUGGCUGGCCUGCACAGAGCCCUGACCUCAAACCCAUAAUACACCUUUGGGAUGAAUUGGAACCCCGACUGCGAGCCAGGCCUAUCGCCCAACAUCAGUGUCCGACCUCACUAAUGCUCUUGUGGCUGAAUGAAAGCAAGUCCCCGCAGCAAUGUUCCAACAUCUAGUGGAAAGCCUUCCCAGAAGAGUGGAGGCUGUUAAUAGCAGCAAAGGGGGGACCAACUCCAUAUUGAUGCCCAUGAUUUUGGAAUGAGAUGUUCGACAAGCAGGUGUCCACAUACUUUUGGUCAUGUUGUGUAUGUCAGAGAGAACCUUGAGGCCCAGCAAGAUGGCUGGAGCUGGUGCUCAUCAUUCAGGUAACAAUACAAACACACACAUCAAAUCUCUUACCAGAAGAAAAUAUAUAUUUUCAUUCUCAGAGCUUGAAAUAGCAACUGAACAUGUAACCAAAGCUGAGACAAAAAUAAAGAUGAGGUUGCAGGAGAAGAAAAUGUCUGUCAGAUUGAUGUUAUAAUAGCAAUGUGUGCCUCAGUAUAUUUUCAUUUGAUGGAAGAGACCCUCUGGAGCUGCUGCAGUGUGUUCUACUGGCUGGGAUCAUAGGCCUAUGUGUCUACUGUAAUGAGUACAACAACCUGACUAAAGAGAGACGAACUAGAGACCAGCCACAACAACCUGACUUAAAGAGAGCAAACCAGCUUCAGAGAGAGACAGAAAGACUGAGACCGUGGUAAUAGGGUUUUUAUUAGCCGAUAUGUUUCGACUUGAGGUUGAGCAGUAAAUACAUCUUCCCCUUCAAGUCAGAAGGAUCCUCAGCCAUAAUGUUUGCACCGCAGUGAUGAAUGCGGAUAUGGCUAGAAAACGUACCCCAAUCCAGGGAUGGAAGAUGUGCCUGUACUCCUAAUGAUCCCAUUAUCCGAUAUGGAAAAUCAAGAAGAUUGAAAUAGUGCUCGUUCUAGCAUUAGCUAGCCUAGCAUGCUGACGAAAAAGGCAGUUAAAUAAAAAAAUGUGCAGUAAUUCAGUCUUCUUGAUUUUCUAUAUCUAUUCAUCAUCAAUUGCAGUAUUAGUGUUGAUGAUAAUAGUUCUAAUCACACUUAAUAACUGUUAGUAAAUAUCCAAUUCAUUAUGUGUAUGUUUUCUAAAUGAUGUCAUGAACCAAUAACUCCUUUACAGUUGGUUUCUAAUUGAAAUAAUAAAUCAUUUAUAAAAUAUGAAAAUACAAUUAACAGACACCUUAGUCAUUAAACAUGACAAAUAUUUUGUAACAGUGUUCAUGAAAAUAAUGUUUAAUUGACAUUUUUAUGUUUGUGCUUUUCUAAUAACCAAUUUCUGUGUUCAUGAGGGACUCAUUGAACGAAUCCUCACUAUCAGUAUCUGCAAUUUGGCAGUACGCCCAGAAACUUGUUUUGAGAACGAAAGAUAUCUUAGUUUCAAGGUCUCAGCUUUGAGAGAAGAAGCCUCGUGAGUUAUUAGUCUGUCACAUGCAUGACCCAGUGUUGGUCGGUCACAUGAAA